UGAGUGUCGAGUGGUCUAAUCGUGACUUAGCGGCAGCACGCGAGUCCUUUAACCGACGGACGAGUGUAGGCAACAGCACGGCCUCUGCGAGCCAAUCAAACGGCGGCAAUAGGCGGACGGACAGUCACCACCAAUCACAUCACAGGAAUACCAGUGGGGGCGCUCCAAGACAGUUGGCACGGCCGGCGUUGGAGGAUGAUCCUUUACCUGCUGGAUGGGAGAUGCGCCUGACGCCCACGGGACAGCCGUACUAUAUGGACCACAACAACAGGCGCACACAAUGGGUAGAUCCACGGUCAUACGUGUAA